GAUGACGUCUGUCCCAGGCUAACAAAAAGGCCAUGGGCACUGAGAGGGUACCCCAGAGCCAGCCAUGCACCCCAAGCCUCCUCAUCCUCAUCCCCAUCCUUCUCAGCCUGGCCACCUCCCUGGACGGGAAGGCCACCCACAGCCAGGACCCUUUCGAGAAAUGCAUGGAGGAUCCUGACUACGAGCAGCUGCUCAAGGUUGUGAUCUUGGGCCUCAACCGGACCUCCAAGCCCCAGAGGGUGAUUGUGGUUGGUGCUGGUGUGGCUGGGCUGGUGGCUGCCAAGGUGCUCAGCGAUGCCGGGCACAAGGUCACCGUCCUGGAGGCAGACAGCAGGAUCGGGGGCCGCAUCUUCACAUACCGGGAUGGGAAGACGGGCUGGAUUGGGGAGAUGGGGGCCAUGCGCAUGCCCAGCUCGCACAGGAUCCUCCACAAGCUCUGCAAGAGCCUGGGGCUCAACCUGACCCGCUUUAUCCAGUACGAUGAGAACACGUGGACAGAGGUGAAUGGUGUGAAGCUGCGUAACUACGUGGUGGAGAAGAUGCCUGAGAAGCUGGGCUACAACCUGCGCCCCAGGGAGAAGGGCCACUCACCCGAGGAAAUCUACCAGAUGGCCCUCAACAGGGCCCUCAAAGAUCUCAGGACGCUGGGCUGCGAAUGGGCCCUGAAGAAGUUCGAAAGGCACACACUCCUGGAAUACCUCCUCAGGGAGGGGAACCUGAGUCAGCCGGCCGCGCGGCUCCUGGGGGACGUGAUGUCCAAGGAUGGCUUCUUCUACCUCAGCUUCGCCGAGGCGUUGCGCGCCCACAGCUGCCUCAGCGACCGGCUCCGGUACAGCCGCAUCGUGGGCGGCUGGGACCUGCUGCCACGCGCUCUGCUGAGCUCGCUGUCAGGGCCCAUGCUGCUGCACACGCCGGUGGUGGCGGUGAAGCAGGGACAGCGCGAGGUGCAAGUGCACGUCUCCACGUCGCGCGGAGCCAGCUUGCAGAAGGUGCUGACCGCGGACAUGGUGCUGCUGACGAUGAGCGGGCCGGCGCUGCAGCGCGUCAGCUUUUCGCCGCCGCUGUCGCACAAGCGGCAGCACGCGCUGCGUUCGCUGCACUACGUGGCGGCCACCAAGGUGUACCUGAGCUUCCGCCGGCCCUUUUGGCGUGACGAGCACAUCGAGGGCGGCCACUCGAGCACCGACCGCCCGUCGCGCAUCAUUUUUUACCCGCCACCCGGCGAGGGCGCGCUGCUGCUGGCCUCGUACACUUGGUCAGACUCGGCGGCGCCCUUCGCGGGCCUGAGCCUGGACGAGGUGCUGCGCGUGGCGCUCGACGAUGUGGCGGCGCUGCACGGGCCCAUCGUGUACCGGCUCUGGGAUGGCACCGGCGUGGCCAAGCGCUGGGCGGAAGACCCGCACAGCCAGGGCGGCUUCGUGGUGCAGCCGCCGGUGCUCUGGCACCAGGAAAAGGACGAGGGGCACACCGUCGACUGGGCGCUCCCCUAUGGUCGCGUCUACUUUGCCGGCGAGCACACGGCCUACCCGCACGGUUGGGUGGAGACGGCCGUCAAGUCGGCGCUGCGGGCCGCCAUAAGGAUUAACAGCCGGAAGGAGCCCGGGCACAAGGCCGAGCACCCCCGGCUAGGCAACUCGAAGGCAGCGACCACCCAUCAUCCGACCCAUAAGCCGGUCUCCUCCCAGCACACAACCCACAAGGGCACCCAACAUUAA